CUCAUUCUGCAUUUUAUCAAAGCAGAGCUUAUYAAAUCAGUCCAAGAUGGGAGCAGAACAGUCUGGAUUCAAUAGACAGCGGCAGGGUCUCCACCCGGGGYUGGCUGAUGCUCUCCUUACCCGUGCCCUCUUAGAAGCUCUGUCUGACAUGUCCGUCGAAGACUCAGGCACUUUAAAGACAAUGAAGGAGCAUGCGUGGGACCCCGAAGAUUGCUCGCCUACAUUUGUUGUAUUACGUGAUGGGCUGACGGCUCGACGACGUCCUUCGAUGUUGACGUCAGAUUGUAUUAGAGGCAAGAAAGGAUAUAGACAAGGCCGUCACGUCUGGGAAAUACAGUGGGAGAAAGACGARCGAGGGUCAUUUGCUAUCGUGGGUAUUGCUACGCCUAAAGCACCUUUGGGUACAAUAGGUUACGAGCCAGUCGUUGGCACCAACACUGAGUCAUGGGGCUGGGAUAUAGUCAGUAAAAAAUUGUUCCAUGCAGGAGAAAGGGGUGUUUACCCUCAAGCUUUAGGUCCGUUUGGAUUUCAGGUCCCUGACAUAUUCUUUGUUAUACUGGACAUGGACGAGAGAACCCUUAGCUUUGCUGCUAACGACGUCCACCUCGGAGUUGCCUUUACUCAGCUUCCUCAGCAACUCGAUAGACCGUUGUGUCCGAUAGUGAAUGCCAUAUUUGGAAACUGUGACAUACGCAUGAGAUAUAUGGGCGACGGAGAAUCAAUAUUGUCAGGCCUGAAAUAUCCUUUUGGUCCUCAACGAUCUUUGCCAGAAUCUCGUCCAACACCAGCUGCGCCAACAGAUGACCUCCGACGUCGCUCAGCAGGAUUACCAAAUCUCAUUCCGGAAAGCAGUUCUUUUGUGCCUGCAUCUCUUCGUUAUAAGUUCUCCUACACUCGCGGUGAAAAUGCAUCUGUGAUGCGUGCCGGUAAAAACGCAAAGCUUGUCAAUGCGUUGAACGUAUUUUGUGACGCCAUUGUGAUGACAUCAGAACCUUUAGUCGACAACGAACUAUUUGAAGUCCGUCUUGACAGCAAAGUGCCUCGCUGGGUCGGCGGACUUUGCAUUGGAGCAACACCCAAAGACAGCAACUCGUUCUCCUUCCCAAAAAGUUUACCCGAGUACAACAAAGAUGUGUUUAUGUGGUGUAAYAACAAGAUAGCUUACAACGCUAUGGAACGAGAUGUCCGUGAAAACAUUAUAGAAAUGACGACAGGGGAUCGUGYCGGCGUGAUGCGUAAAUCGGACGAUACACUACAUUUUUACAAGAAUGGUAAAGAUAUUGGAAAUUGCUUUGGAAAAACUCCUAAACGUUUGUUUGCUGUGGUUGACAUCUAUGGUCAAGCAGAAGAGAUUACGAUCACAGGUGGKGCAGCAGAAACUCAAUGUAGUAACGAUGUAGCAGACCCCAAAAAGGUMGGCGUUGUGCCUAUAAUGGUUCAAAUGAAAAAUGCCAUCGACCUUUUAAAAGCACCAAUAAACCCUGGACUGCCACUGAUCAUCACUAAAUUAGCCGAAGAUGUCUUGCAGCCGUAUAUGGAUAACAACGAUCAAGGAAUUCGACAGAAAUACGGCGACCAUCUCGUUGAGCUUGGUGCUGUUCAGCAGCUGAAAAAGUUAUUGGGACGGCUUGAUGACACAGGAAUUGAGACGAAGGAAGGUUGGGUGGGGAUGAAUAUAGUGCGAAGCAUUUUAUGGAACUACUCCGAUGCAAGUCUGAAGUUUGCUAAAGAAAUUGGAAAGUGUGGAUUGCUAAUGAGAUUUGCCAAUGACUUACGACGCGCUGGACCUGUCAAAAUCCGUAAUGAGAAAAAGGCAUACAUUGUCAGUUCAGCGGUCAACAUACUUCACAAUUGCGCUAAAGCAACGGAAAAUCGUCAAGUAUUCCGUGACAUCAGGGCAGUGGAAACUCUGGUGCCAUUUCUGGAGUCUGAUCACUCAGAAACGGUUGUAUCGGCAUUGUUGACAUUGUCGUACAUUACAGAUGACAGCCAGAAAGGUCUUCUCGAAACUGAUACAAAGACAAUUUCCAUCUUGCGAGGAAUGCUUUCGUUAGCAGCAAACAGUCCAAAUCUUCGUGGAACAGCCUCAGGCUCUACUUGGUCUGCACUUGAAAUCGUGACAGGAAUUGCAAACAUAGCUGUAAACCAAUCAAACUGCGAAAAACUCAUCGAGGAUGAUGUCAUCCCAUUACUGUUUGUCGUCAYCGAGAAAGGCGGGKCGAUCGAGAAAGAAAGUGCAGCAAAUGCAUUGUGGGUCAUUUCAAAUUCUCAAAAUGGAAAACAAAAGAUACGAGGACAUCCUGGAGCUGUUGACGCAUUGAAGAAGCUGAGUAAACACUCCAAUAAAAAUAUUGCAGUCUCGGCAGAACGAGUGUUGUUGAGAAUUACACAGCCCUUACAGCAAGGCAUGCCGCGACCAUCAGCUCCAAGGAAAAACUGCGAAUACAUGCAAUCCUGCAGGGCCUUUUUAGCAUCACUAAAACUAAGCGUACACCCAGAGACGAAGAAAACGUACAAAGUAAAGGUAGCAUUCCAACUGUGGAUCAGACCUGAAAGUUAUAAUGUAGGUCCUCAAACCGUUGGUUCAGAAGAAGAAAUUGAYCCUAAGUUUAGUAACCAGGAAAUCGAGUGGUCAACUGWAGAGCGUGGAGCAGUGCAUUUUUAUGGUCUCUUGGUGCGACUGAACGAAUAGUAGCCACAACAUAGUCAGCUUUUGGAGAUUUCACCUGAAAAGCACUAUUCUGCAGAUUAGAUAUUAUGUACUUAUUGACUGAGUUAGGUCGGGCCGUACGGGAAAAUAUUUGGCUCUCGGUCAU